AUGCCAGAACAAAUCGCCCACGUCGAUGACCAGAUCGAUGAGCAGGUCUUGAAAGGGGAGACGGGCGAGCUCCCCCGUGGGGUGCCCAGCGGAGGAAAGAAGUUGAAGGCCGCAAUCAUCGUCGUGACCGUCACUGGGAAGAUUGCCCAGAUCGCGACCAACAUCCUCACCCUGCCGUAUUACCGCUUCUACCAACAAAACACCCUGCUGCCAAUUCUUUCCAUCGCCAAAACCGUCGAAAACGAGGAGACUGAUCAGGAGAUAUCCGCGGAGCUCCAGAGAUGGCGGGACCGAAAGCUGAGCGAGUUCCAGCUCGUCCAAGUCGCCAGUACCUUGGUGUCAGCGGCCGUCAUCGGGACCUUUUCCUGGCCAACUCCCGACUCAUUGCACUGGCUCACCCCGGCAUUCUGGUACGCCAGCAUCUCACUGUCACUCUUCGCCAUCCUGCUCGCAUCCUCGGAGCAGUUCAUCUUCCAGACGAUCCACCGCUCCCCGAAGCGGCGCAACAUCGACAAGGAGCUCGCGAUGAUUCUCUACAUCCGCCGCAGCAGGUCCGUCGACCCGGUGCACUCGCCGCUGGAGGAAGUCCCGCCGAUCCCUCAGAUCCGCGCGAUCAAGCUGGCUGAGGAGGGGGGUUGGUUUCCAAAGGAGAUGCCGCUGGUCGAGAUCCGCUGGAACAUGAUCUUCACCUGGCAGGCGCCCAUGAUGCUCAUGGCAUACUCGGCGCUGUGCUUCCUGGCGGGGCUGACGGUGUAUGUCUGCGCGCCGCUGUAUGAUGGCCAGGGAUGGGGCGACGGAGGCAAAGCCGCCGUGUUUUACCUCGUCAGCUUCUUCUUCUGCGGACUCACCUUCAUUUGGUGCGCAUACUGGGCAUACAAGUUUGUCGACUUGGAGGAUCCUUAG